AUGGAUCCUGAUUCAGUGAAAUCGACUCUUUCUGGCUUGGCUUUUGGGAAUGUGUUGGCUGCCGCAGCUCGCGACUAUCAAAAGCUUCUUUCACAACGCAUUAACUCCUACGGAAAAGCAAUAGCAAAAGGCAGAAACAGAGGAUAUAGUGAUCAAAACCUCUCCAUACACAAACUCCAUCUCGACUUAUCGAGGCCCGAACCAGUUGUCUCCCUUCUCGACAAAUGGAUCCCGAUAUUAGCCCUCAACAUAAAAGUGUUCAAACUCAACUUUCUUUCAUAUACUCCAGCGUAUUACGAACUGCCCUCGGCAGUCUUCUUAGCCGAGUCCCUCGAAGAACUACACCUACACCGAUGCAAGGUGAGCCCGGUUGAGAGCGUGCGGUUUAAACAUUUGCGCACGCUCACCCUCAAAUGGGUCCUCAUUAAUGACGGGGCUUUGGAGAAGAUAAUGUUGGGCUGCCCUUUGCUCGGGCGGAUGGACCUUAUUAGUUGUCAGGGGUUAAGAAACAUUAGACUGGUGGGCGAGGCAGCAUCCCGUGGGCUCAAGCACUUGAAAUUGUAUAAUUUGGAGAGGAUCGAAGGUUGUAGCAUCGGAAUCGAUGCCCCAAAUCUCGAGACGGUCUGCAUCGAUGGCCCAUGGAUUUGGUCUCACCGCCAAAGUGCAUUCUUGUUCUCUCGCCUCACGAGAUUGCAUCUCUAUAGAGUGAUGCUGUCGAGCGAGUAA